GUUGGCUAGGCGAGGUCACGUGGUAUCGAACCGUCCGGGUAUUUUCUCGUCGACAAAUGACAGGUCCUUGAUGCCCAAAACUCAUUCGAAACGAGACAGGAAGAAGAAGCACGGGCCGUCGUCAAGAGCGACGUCAGACAGGAGUCAGUCUAAAGAAAAGAGAGCGAUGCCCAGAAGAAACAAAUAUCCCGAAGGAUUCCAACAUCGGCACCUCGACGCGGUGGGCUGGAGCAUGUCGUCGAGUGACACAUCUCCGAUAUUCUUCUGGAAGUAUUUGUCACCACAUGUGAUGGCUGACACCUCCAAGGGUCCCCCGAUUCCAAAUACAAAGCCACAGGGAAAGGUGCCAUGUCGGGCGAGAAAGACAAAGGCCACUAUAAAGGCCCAAACGACAUAAUAUGCCUAAUGUAUCGAAUGCGGCAUCAUCGCCAGAGUUCAGUGGUGGGCGGGCAGAGGUAGUCAUGGCCGCAUACAGCCUCCGUUCAGUGCACAACCACGAUCGGGUCGCGCGUCACUACGUCUCGUUUGCGGUCAGCCUCUCUCUCUCUCUCUCUUUCUCUCUCUCCCUUUUGCAUGCGGGAAGCCAAAAUAAACUGUGCAUCCACUUGUACUAACUGCGUGCAGCCUCCGUGGCCACCUUCCCUCCUCCCGCUCGUUUUGUGACCGUCUCUAGGGCUCUCUCAAGACUCCGAUUCCAAAUCUUUGCUUCAGAGUGAUUUUGUGAUUUGCGAUUGGUCGUCAGAAUGCGGAAAAGCUUUGGUUUUCGUUGAACUUUUCCAGUUUUUCACGUUAUGUUGUUUAUUUCCCACGAGCCUCAGUGCUGACCAGAAAGUAACGCCUAGCAAAGCUGUGAGAGAAGCGAAGGAAACGACAGUGAUCCAAUCAGUGCUCGUAAAACACCUGAGCGACUCCAACCGCAGUGUCCCAACGACUUCCGGCUGUAAUUAAGGUCAACUGAAUGACCUCUCAAAACCACGGUGGUCAGGGUUUGUAUAACUUGGCUACACUGUCAGAUGUUGACUGAUCUUCAUCCGGGUGACUGAUCACUACUUAACGGGCUGGAAAAAAAAGGGAAAACGCCUGCAAUAAGAAAAUUGGCAUUUGCAAGGCUUUAAAAAGUACAUUACAGUCAGACUUCCGCUGAACAAAAAUUUCCCGGCUUUUAAUGGGAAAAUAAUUGACAGGUGAAAUGUAACUGACAACAACUACUUGAGACUAUUUGGAAUUCAGUAACUGACAUAAUUAGUUAUUAAUUGCUGCAGUUUUACAAAAUCUAAAAUAACCGACAAGAAAAUUAAGUGACAACAAUUUAAGGAUUUUUUAAAAAUGAGAUAAAACUUGCGAAAGAAGGAGUGUCAUUCAGAGUGAAAUCCAGUGCGAGACCCUACACUGAUAUUCAAUGGAAAUCAAGCAAAAUCAAGCAUAAAUUCAUUAUGCAAUUUUAGUUUUAUGAAAAAAGCGAUGAAAAUAGAACAAUACGUCAUUAAUCAAGAGGCAAUGCUGUCGUUAAGUGCAGGUGAAUGUUCAUUACCUGGCUUUGGCCUGCCUUCAGUGGGCGUAGCUACUCCAUCACCCAGUCACGCCCAUUUGGAUUAUAACGACAAUGUGACGCCCACUUCCAUGUCUACCCACCUGUCGGAAAGCCCCGCAGGACAUUACAGUCCUCACGGGGGCAUCAUGGGCAGCUCUUACCAUAGCAGUGCCAUGGCAGGUCAGCUUGAGUGUCCCAUCGGGUCAGGGCCUCUGAGAUCCAUCCACCAUGGCACUGGGCAUGGCGGGGGCAUCAUGUACGGAGGCGUUUCCCCUUCCCCACUGCUGUCCCAGCUUGGGCACCACCACCCUCACCCUCAUCACCACCACCAGCACCACCAUCCUAGGGGCCCGGAGCCCUAUCCUGCAGGAGGUGGUGGAGGGGGUGCGGAGUGCUAGCGGGAGGUGGACGGUGGGAUCCAGGAUGCGGAGGACCCCGUGGGGCGAGUGAAAAGGCCCGCAGAGAGCACCGCAUCCGGAGGCCCAUGAACGCCUUCAUGGUGUGGGCCAAGAGGGAAAGGAAGAAGCUGGCUGACGAAAACCCCGACCUCCACAACGCCGAUCUUUCCAAGAUGCUCGGCAAAAAAUGGCGCGCUCUGACACCACCCGAACGCCGUCCACACGUCGAAGAAGCCGAACGCCUCCGACUGAAGCACAUGGCGGAACACCCUGACUAUAAGUAUCGACCUCGACGUCGUAAGCAUCAACCGCCUAAGAAACCAGUUCAGGGAACCCAGCCUCCAACCCUUGGACCUCAAAAUGGUGGCGGUGGUAACGGUGGGGGAGCACCUCUCGUACAAGGAGGGGUUCCUAACUUGAAUGCUAAAGGCAGCAGCCAAGGAGGCGAUUUGACCCCAACGCCAGCAGUCAGCGUCGCUUCUUCUCUGACAACACCUGAUUCGUCACCCAGCAGCUCUCCAGAUCCAGACCCGCCAAGGCACCAGCGUUCUCAUACAGGUUCAUCCUCCUCCUCAGUUGGACAUGGAGGAUGCCUACCAACUCCUCCGCAAAUAUCCCCUUCAGGGGGAGGAGGGGUUGAUGAGGCAGGAGGAGGAGGAGCAAUAAGUACUAGGAUGGAGACAGGGGCAGGUCCAGGGGUAACGGGAGACGACGUGGGGCCCCUGUCCCGUAUCAUAUCCCGAUUCGAAUUGGCCCCAACAUUCCCGGACGCCUACCAGUCUUUGAAGAGCAUCGUGUCCUCCUACAAUCCCGCUUCAUCUCCUGACGCAGUCAGCGAAGGCGAUGAAGGAGCAGAAAGUCACUACCAACCAUCUGUUGCUGCUCCACAUUCUGCAGGGACAGAUGGGCCCAUCAGCGGGGACGGAACGGGAGGCACCGGAGGGGCGAGAGGUGUCAUGCCCCCAAUGGCAAGCCCUAAGGAAACUGUGCAACACCAUAGGGAAGUGAUCCUCCAUCAUUCCAGGACCUCCUACCAACCUGCAGAGGAUGCUCUACAGCAACAAUCUCAUCCUCAUCCGGACAAUAUCACCUCUGAGGAUCCUUCGAGGGGAGAGACCGACGAGGAUUCGAGGACGUACAGUACUCCGACAGGAGUGCCUAACGGUAUGCAAGGGCACGCUAUCAAAGUGGAGGCCUCGAUGCCUCAGUCAUCCUGCGAGUUCCCGUCGAUCGCCUCCCCGAGUGUCUCCCAUUCCGUGCCUAUGUCCCUCCCAUACGCCUUCUCCCCAGGUCCCCACCAGUACCCGCCUAUGUCCCCAGCAGUCGUGGCUUACCAGAGCCAUCUGGCUCCCCACCAGGGUCACUACCAGGCGAUGGGACACAUGAGCCACGAGGUAGACCUCGACGUGGACAGAGCGGAGUUCGACCGGUAUCUGAGCGGACCGGAGUGCCCUCCGGGCAUGCCCUGGGGAGGAAUGGUCCACCCAAGUCAGUGCCCCCAGAGGCUCGACUUUCGCCAGGAUUCGCAAACCCAGUACCGGGAGGUGGUGGGACAGGGGUUCAGGGACGAGCACCAGUACCGCAUGGAUUACCGCGCGAACGCCCUGGCCUCCUACCGCCUCGACAGCAGCCAGUACCCGGGGGAGGACCACUACCGGUCUGAGAGGCAGCAGUAUCUCGAGGAUGAGUACCGGGACGAAAGGGCCAUCUACUCGAGGCAACUGUACCAGACCGAGAGACAGGAUUACCCUCUUGAGAGUGUGUACCGGGGGGAAGGAGGGGGAGGAGGGGUGGAGUACCCCCCGGGUGAGGAGUACCGGGGCACGUACGGUGGAACGCUACUGAGCGCACUGGCAGAUGUCAGGCACAUGAAUUAUGACACUUAAGAAUGAGCUGAAAUCAUUCACUGUAAAUACGAAUAUCUCAUAGAUUACCAUUUGUGUCAGUAAUAAAGAUGAGCACAAUGUGUAUUUAUACGGAUGAUAAUUCUAGUUAUUAAAUGUUAUUGUGGAUGAAAGCGAGAUGACAAUCAUCAUGAAAAUGUAGGUACAUUGCUUCUCGAUGAGCAUAUCGAGUUUAUGAGGAUAAUCAUUUUAGUCAGUUAGUGUACAUAAGAAUGAAUGUUUAUCAGUUAGAGCAGACACGCUAGAGCUUACCCAGUUAAAUUAUAGAGAUUAGAUGAUGAUCGCACAUAUUAGUAUCACUUUCGCUUUACUAUGAAACUCUUUGUUUUUGACCAUUCAAGUAUGUUUCCGCAAAUGCACAGCAAAAGAGGAACUACCCAUUCAUGUCACAAAAUCAUCAGUUGCUUAGGACUCGUUCAAUAAUUCCUGACAAGAGCAGGACGAUGUACAGUGUUGGCAUGCGCGUGAAAUAGCAGCAAUUAUUCCAAUGAUAACUAGUUACAAUUAGCUCAAAAACUGACGACAAAUCGACGAGUGAUGAAGUCUCCAAAAGCUUACGAAAAUGAAGUUGUGAAGAGUGGGGCAAAAGGCGCCACAAAAAACUGAGAAGACAGAAAGGGAAGGAAAUGAAGACAACUGAAUCUAAGGCUUCUGGAAUCCCCAGUUGGACACGGUAUCAGCUGUGGCGAUGGAACACAAUGAAAGGGCGACGAAAACAAUAGAAUGGCGGCGGAAGAUAAGGAAAACGCGGAGAAUAUGACACAACAUCCCCUCGUCUGUCACCAAACAGGAGUUGCAGAACAAGCCGGUGAAAGUGCUUGACGGAGGAAGAUUGAGGAGGAAUACAAGUGAUAUAAUAAGAUAGUAUUCGAGAGUGGAACACUUGUUCAAAUAAUGAAUUUCAUUCAUAACCAUAGAAUACAGAAACUAGUAAUUUUCAUAUGAUAGCAAAGUUACAUUUCUUUAGAAAGUCGAGUUGGAAUAAGAUCGACACAAUGAAGUCAUAUUUUAGAAUGGAAUGCUGAGUACCAUAACAAAGCUCUCAUCAUAAAUUUAUGGUGAUUUACUCGUGGGUGAAAGUACAUUUCAGGAAAAGGUUAAGUCUAAAAUGAAAAGCCAGCGAAAGUAAGAAAGCUUGAUAAUAAACACAUAAAUUACUGACACUUCAAAAAACUACGAGAAGUACUUCAAGCAAUAAUGACUAUAUAAUGAUGGAGUGUGAAUGAAAAUGCAGAGUAGAGAUGAAUGCUACGAGAAAUAUUACAGCUUUACUAAUACAUCAAAAUUUAAUUGAAUGUUUGCUUCAGUGGAAUACCAAGUAAUGAGUCAUAACGUGCACUGCACAGCUGCGAUGAAAAUUGACGAUGAUAAUACAGACUCUUGGAGUAAACCUAUAAAUUGUAAUUUCAAUAUCGGAGUAAUGUAGUUCAUUUCAAUGCAAUGUUGAACACGUGAAGAAAAACCAAGGCUAGAAACAGUGAUAAAAAUUGCAGAUGAAUUACAAUGAACCUUAAAUAUAAUGAAUCUUCAUUUUACAGAAUUUGAAUGUCCAGAAUCGACGUACACUUUACAGCAAUGAUUAAAACCUCCAAAAACAUUUUUGGCAGAAAACGACGAUGACGACGACCGACGUAGCUACACCAAAUGCUUAUGAAAUAAAAACCCAACAUUUUGUGUCACUCGACAACUCUGAAAAUAAGAGUGAAUUUUCAAAAGAGAGAAAAGCAAAAAAAAAACUCACAAAAUUUUUCAAUCUAUGCCAUAUUUGACCGCCUUCUCAUACUCGAUAGUUAAUCGAGAAAAUAAGUAUAUAAAUAAAUUUGUUAAUGCUCAGAUGGAUACGCCUUGUUUACGAAGGAUCUCGAAAUUUUAAGAUUACAACCAAUAUCUGACGUUCUCACAUACCGCAGUCUAUUUUCACACUUACUAGACGCUCAGCUUCGUUAGAGCUUUACCUGACAGAAACAAAAGAGAGAGAGAGAGAGAGAGAGAGAGAGAGAGAGAGAGAGAGAGAGAGAGAGAGAGAGAGAGAGA